CAUGGUCUUCCAAGGGCGCGUUGGUCCCCCCGGGCACUCCUGCCUCCCUCAUGGUCCAACAUGUGCAGUAGGUGGACCCAUGGCUCCAAAGUUGAGAGGUCCUCAGGUGAGAGUGCUGGUGGAUGUGUGACCCUCCAUGUCAGAUGUGGAACAAUUCCAGUAUGACAAGUGAUAGAUACGUUACAAAUUACGUGAAAUGUUUUUCGUUUCUGUUGGCUUCUUCUCCAUUGGCCUCGGGAAAGACAGACUUGUUUAUCCAGACGUUGAGACGAGAUGUGGGGGCGGUGUCACUUCACACUGGCUUUACUCCAAUGACAACAACAGUUUUGUAACGGACAACUUUAGUAAACCAUGUGACUCACCUGUGGCCCAGAGCCUUUCUGUCAAAAGUACAAAUAUUUGGGAUAUAAGAUCUGUUCAAAGAGCAGACAAUAGCAGAGCAUCAUGUACUUUACUAUAACAGUGAUAUUAGCAGGGCUAAUCUUAGCUCUACUGUUGGUUUUAACAGUAAAAAGCAGUAAGAAGUAUAAUUUACCUCCAGGACCUGUUGCCCUCCCUCUUGUAGGGAACCUUCCACAACUGGACAGAAAUGCACCUUUUAAAAGUUUCCUCAAGUUCGGUGAAACCUACGGUCCAGUGAUGACCUUUUAUUUGGGCCGGCAACGGACAGUUGUUCUGGUCGGGUAUGAUGCAGUGAAGGAGGCUCUGGUGGACCAGGCUGAUGACUUCAUGGGCAGAGGACCGCUGCCAUUUCUGAUCAAAGCUACCAAGGGAUACGGUUUAGGGGUCAGUAAUGGGGAGCGAUGGCGCCAGCUGGUACGUUUCACCCUGUCGACCCUGAGGAACUUUGGGAUGGGACGUAAGGGCAUGGAGGAGUGGAUCCAGGAGGAGAGCAAACACCUGAGGGGUCGCAUUGACUCGUUCAAAGCUGCUCAGUUUGACCCAACCGUCUUGGUGAUGUGCACUGUGUCCAAUGUGAUCUGCUGCAUGGUGUUUGGCCAACGCUUCAGUUAUGAAGACAAGCAGUUCCUGUACCUCCUCAACAUUGUUUUUGAUUUCUUAACGUUCGCCAGUAGUCCUCUGGGUCAGAUGUACAACAUGUUUCCUUCGCUGAUGGACCUUCUUCCUGGCUACCAUCAGACUGUUUUUGAUCGAGCAGAGGGGGUUAGAGAGUUUAUUGAGAUGAAAAUCCUAGAGCAUAAAGAGACACUUGACCCCAGCUCCCCACGAGACUUCAUCGACAGCUUCCUCAUCCGAACUGACCAGGUCAGAAAGAACUUCAGGAUCAUUCGUUUUCUUCCUCUGUGUCUUCAGCGGGACAAUAAGUGGGUCAGACAACAAGUGGUGUUUGAGUCCGAGAGACGACGGGGCCCGGUUCACCGGCACGUUAUGGACGUGACUGUAGUUUUAGCGGUGGGGCUGGUCCUCUCUGUGCUGUGGCUGCUGAGUCUGAGGAGUCGGGCUCAGGUGAGGUUACCUCCAGGACCCUCAGGCCUCCCCCUCAUAGGAAACCUGCUGCAGCUGGACAAGAGGGCCCCGUUCAAAACCAUGUGCAAGCUCAGUGAAAGCUACGGCCCUGUGAUGACUGUGUAUCUGGGCCGUCAGCGCAUUGUGGUUCUGGUUGGGUACGACACUGUGAAGGAGGCACUGGUGGACCAAGCAGAUGACUUCACAGGCAGAGGACAGAUUCCUUUCCUGUUCAGAGCCACCAAGGGCUAUGGUUUGGUGAUCAGUAAUGGAGAGCGCUGGCGGCAGUUGAGGCGUUUCACCUUGACAACUCUCAGAGACUUUGGAAUGGGACGCAAGGGGAUGGAAGAGUGGAUCCAGGAGGAGAGCAGUCAUCUGGUGGCCCGCUUUAACAGUUUGAAAGAUACAUCUUUUGAUCCGACCUUCUACUUGAGCUGCACUGUAUCCAACGUGAUCUGCUGCUUGGUAUUUGGUCAGCGCUUCAGCUAUGACGAUGAAGAAUUCCUCUACUUGCUGCAGACAAUCUCAGAAGUCCUGAAGUUUGGCAGCAGUCCCUUUGGUCAGCUGUAUAACGUCUUCCCUCGACUGAUGGAAUUGCUGCCAGGUCGACAGCACACACUUUUUGCAAGAAUUGAUGAGCUGAGAAAGUUUAUCAUGAGAAAGAUCCAGGAACACGAAGACACGCUGGACACGAGCUCGCCCAGAGAUUACAUUGACUGCUUCCUGCUCAGACUCAGUCAGGAAAAAAAUGAUCCCACAUCGGAAUUCCACUAUGAAAACUUGGUGUCAACGGUGUUAAAUCUGUAUUUGGCAGGAACAGAAACUACCAGUUCAACCAUCAGAUUUGCACUAAGUGUGUUCAUCAAAUAUCCCAAAGUGCAAGAGCGUAUGCAGCAGGAGAUUGACACUGUGAUUGGACAGCACCGUUAUCCUCACAUGGAGGACAGGAAGUCCCUCCCCUUUACAGACGCGGUUCUCCAUGAAAUUCAGCGUCUGUUAGACAUUGUUCCCAUGAACGUUCCACACUACGCCCUACAGGACAUCUCUUUCAGGGGCUACACUAUUCCCAAGAAUACAUUGAUCAUUCCCUUGUUGCACUCUGUGCUCAAAGAGGAAAAACAGUGGGCAACACCCUGGUCCUUCAAUCCGCAGCAUUUCCUGGACCAAAAUGGCAAUUUAAAGAAAAAUCCUGCUUUCAUGCCAUUUUCUGCAGGAAAGAGAUCUUGUGUUGGAGAGUCCCUCGCACGCAUGGAGCUUUUCCUCUUCCUGGUGUCACUUCUACAGCAUUUCACCUUUUCUUGUUCCGGAGGUCCUGACAGUGUUGACCUAAGCCCUGAGUACAGCAGCUUCGCCAAUUUGCCCCGAACGUACAACAUCAUCGCCACGCCGCGGUUAUCGUGAUCAGUUACAGCAUAAUUUGCUUUUUCAUCCGUUCAUUGGAUCUUCUUCUUCUGAAAAGUGGAUUAUGUGAUACCAAAGGCAAUACAUUUCAUGGCAGCAUAACUCAGGACAGAUGACUUAGUAAUUCUUUCUCCUGUGCCCAUAACUCAGAUGUUUGCAUUGACUUUACCUAAAAGUGUGAAUCCAUGUUUUUAUAUCUUCUGUGUCCAUGUGUCAAAUGUUUUAGGUUUAACAAAGUGUUUAUCAAUUCAAAAUUCAAAUUCAAAAGACUUAAUCGUCAUUGCACGGUCGUACUUCAUACACUAGCACAACGAAAUUGUGGCACAGUCCUCCUCCUCGAUGCCAAACAUACAAUUAACAAGACACAAACCGCUACACUAUACAAAAGAUCUGAUAUAUCAACAGGUUUACUAAAGAUUUUAGAGAAGCUGUCUUGCUUAAUAUAUCACUUAGUCACUUGUAUUUUAAUUACACCACAGAGUAUACAACUUACAAAGUUUAUCUAAUAGGGUAUCUCCCGUCUUACUAUUUGACGUUUCAUCUUAUGAACGGAAAUUGGUUGUUUUGGGUCGUUUUUUUGCUUUAUUUCUCUGCGCUCUUUGUUUUUUUAAGAAAAUGCAGGAAUCAUACGAUAAUACAUGAGAAGAAUUGUAAGACAAUGUAUUUCAAUUAUGAACAAGUAACAGGUUAAAUACCAUCAAUUUAAAGUGUUGGGCCCUUUAAUCCUUGAUCAAGUCCUGCUGGUUUACAGGGCUUUGCUCAGUGAGCUAUGACAAGGAGUUAUGUCAGUAAUCUGAUAAGUUCAAGGUGAUCCAUCAAGCAGCGUGUCAGUGUGUGGAUUUGUGUUCCACUGCAUCACUGUCCAUGUCAGACUUAAGGGAUCAUUGUCGAACACUGAGGCUGAAACGAGUAUCGGCUAUCAUGGCAGGUUUUAUUAAACCUUGGUAACACUUGGUUAGGAUCUUACACAUCAAGUAUUAGGUAUGAAAUAUUGUACUGCAAUAUAUUAUGGUUUUAAUAGUAUAAAGCUUCCAUGUUUACUGAACCUACAGG